GAAAUUUGGCUAAUAGAAUAUUUAGUGAAUAGGUCGGUGCAGUACUGAAAAGAAACUAUAUAGAGAGCUUUUUUUCCAGCAAAUGAUGGACAUCCAGCGCCACGAAAUCAAGAAAGUCACAGCUAGCAUACCAUCACUCAACGUACAUUAUUCAUCAGAAUGGCAUCUGUGCCACCACCCAACUACUUCAAUAAUGCUGAGGUCGCACCAGAGCCACUCCACCUGCCCCAACCUCAGCCACCCCAACCAAAUCUUCAGCCGUUGGAGCACCUUCCACCAGUCCCGAGAUGGCAUCUCGAACCAAUUCAACCUCAGAAUCCUUGUGAGCUGCGAGAUGAGCAGUUCCAAGUCAUCAUGGCGUCACUAGCUCAAGAAGUGGCCGAACACAAUAGUACUCGGGCCAGGUUGUAUCGUUAUGUGACUGGUGCAAUGAAGCAUGAACGCGACCUCAAUUCAGAGAGGCACUCAGUACGAUACUUGCACGCCAUCAUUCAUGACCUUCGUACCCAGGUCCAAGACGAAAAAAUGAAACGAAUUGCAGCCGAAGAGGAGAAGCAACAACUCUUGCUUGAGAAUGAAAUAGAAUGCGAAAUGCAAUGCGUAAGUUUCCUACUUUGUGUCCUUAUCAAAUAUUCAUUUCGAAAACAGGAGUACGAGCCGUCAGCACCGCCGCUUAAUGACGAUGCUCAGACGCUGGCGAAUCUUUUCGAUAUUGAAAUGCCAUCGAGUGCACCAGGUGACUCAGGUCAAGCUAGCAACCAACUUCCCGUUCAUUCCAACGAAGUGAACUAUCGUCACUUCAACAGCCCUGAGGUGACGACAACACGAGUAAAACUUUGCAGACAAGCCAAAAGGAGCACAGGGUGAAAAAGCGAAAGGCUACUAGUCCUCCAAUCAGCGAAAGCGUCUGCUGGGACGGAAGUGCUAAGCGCUGCAAGCAUUGAUGAUUCUGGGAAUAAAGAGGGAGGAAAGUUGGAAGAUGUAUCUUAGUUUUGAUCUUGGAUUGGAUGUUUUAGAUUUUUAGAAAGUACACAAUAUCAUUUC